GCACGCGGAGCGCGACCGCGCGUGGCUGAAGCCGGCGGUCGAGGCGCCGGCGGAAAACGGCAUCGAGAGCCCGGAGAACUUGGUCAAACUCAAUGUCAGGGCCGCGACCUUCCAGUUAAACGGGCUGGUCGAGGGCGAGGUCGCCUUCUUCGAACGCGCCGCCGCAGAGGCAACCCAGUCCGCCGAGCAGCAGGCGGCGGCCGGGGCCGCGGCGCCAAGCGUUUCCCAGGAGCCGGUGGGCGCUCUCCUGCAGGCGCUCCAGGGUGGCCGCAAGCCAGCGGCCCACGUGGACAUCGCCGCGGGCCUGGGCAGCAUGUCCUUGGCAGGCUUGCUGGCGUCGUGCCAGUCGUCUCCGCCGCUGACCGACUGGGCGCGGAGCCGGGUCAAGGCUGCUCAGAGCAAGGGCAUCGCGAAGCCCUUCCUCUACUCGCCGAUCAAGAAGUUCCAUCCUUACUACGCGGUGGACAAGAGGCCGCCCGAGGCCCCCGGGGAGCGCGGCGUCGAGCGGUCUUUCGCGGAAGAGAUCGCUCGCGGCAUCUGCCGGGCGAGGGGCCCCGACAAGAAGCAGGGGGACGCGCCGAGCAUCUUGCAGUGGCGCGUCGCUUUCGACAGAUGGGCGAUCGUCGCGGCGCUCGCCGGUCAGAUGCCCAUCGCGGCGCCCAUGGCUCGCCAGGAGGUUGCGAUGCAGCUCGGCCUGUCGGCGCCAGCCUGUGGGCGCGCGACCGCGGCUGCCGCCCUCUACGACGAGCUUCCAGCGGGCCUGGGCGCCUUCGACGUCGCCGCGGCCGCGCAGUCGCAGAACGCGGCCACCGCGCCCCGGACGGAGCGCGCGCGCGCCGCCCGCGGGUUCCCAGCGGCGCGCGACCAAGCGCCAGCGCAGUCGAAGGGCAAGGCAGAGGGCGUCAGCAAGGGCCACGAGGGCGGCAGCGACAACGGCGCCAAGGGCGGCGAGGCCAAGGACCGCGGCAAAGAGCGCAAGGGCAUGCCCAGGGCCGACUUCUCACCGCUGACAGGGGCAGCACCCGCCCGGGGGCGCCGCCCGCGGGUCGCAGGCGCCAGCGUCGCCAAACAGGCGCUGCAAUUCGCGCGCGAGGCGCUUGGCCGCCGCGGCGCGCAGACGAAGCGCGCGGGCGCGCCGAGCGACUGCGCGAAAGCGCCGCGGUGGAGCGCCGCGCGCAGCCCCCCCCCGCGCACCAGAGAACGCGAGAUGCACGCGCGGAGCACCGAAGCCCUGGCGGCGCACUUCGAGGCGCCCAGGAGAGCCGAGGCAGCGAGGAAGGCCGCGCCGCCGAUCGCAGGCAUCAGCGCCCCACUCUUGGAAGAGUUGUCGCGCGAGUCCGCGUGGCGCGACGCAGAGUGCAUUGACAUCUUCUCGCGCGGCGCCCUUCUGGGCAGGCAGCCUAGAGCGCGGCGGCAACUGUCGCGCGCCCGGCCCGAUGGCGCGCGGGCGACACUGGCGCCGAGGUAG